AUGUCCGGGCGGCUUCGGGGCCGCGGGGCCGGCGCCCUCCCCACGCUGGGGCUGCUGCUGCUGCUGCUGCUGCUCGGAUCGUCGGCCACGCCGGGCAUCACCUGCCCGACUCCCACAUCCGUGGAGCAUGCAGACAUCUGGGUCAAGAAUUACAGCAUCAACUCCAGGGAGCGGUAUGUUUGUAAUUCUGGCUUCAAGCGUAAAGCUGGGACCUCCAGCCUGACCCAGUGUGUGUUUAACGAGACGGCGAAAGUCGCCCACUGGACCACUCCCAACCUCAAGUGCAUCAGAGACCCCUCCCUGAGUCACCAAAGGCCACCCUCCACAGCAGCGCCGACAGGGUUGACCCCAGAGCCAGAGAGCCCCACCCCCUCCGGAAAAGAGCCAGAUCUUACUUCCACGUCAGACACCAAAGUGGCCACAAGGCCAGCUACUGGACCAGGCUCCAGGUUGCCAUCCACAGCCCCUCCUGUGGGAACCACAGGGCUAGUCAGUAAGGAGACCACCUGCGUCCCAGCUCAGACAGCAGCCAAGGCUCUGGAACACACACACCCGGCCUUGCAGGACACGCCCGGUGCAUAUCAGUACAACCCCAGAGUUGUGACCGCAGCCGUCUCCAUACCUGUCACCGUGCUCUUUGUAGCGUGCCUGCUAUUUCUUCUGGUACGUUGCCGCCUGAGGUCAAGGCAAGCCCACCAGACACCCGGUGUUGAGAUGGAGAGCAUGGAGAGUGUGCCGAUGACCACGGGGGCAGAUGCCAGAGGGGAGGACACGGAAAUCCACCUGCAUGGCCUAGGAGGUUCCGGGGACGCUGAGGCCAGCAGAGGCCGCAGUGAAGGCCCAGCUCUUCUCCAGCCAGAGAGGACCUAG